GCAGAGGAUCAAAACAGGCGACUGGGCAGAAAUCUGAACUCGGGGCCCGUGGAAGAGAGCCAGCUGCUCCCCGGGAACAACUUCACCAACGAGUGCAACAUUCCGGGCAACUUCAUGUGCAGCAACGGGCGGUGCAUCCCGGGCGCCUGGCAGUGCGACGGGCUGCCCGACUGCUUCGACAAGAGCGACGAGAAGGAGUGUCCCAAGGUCAAGUCGAAAUGCGGCCCAACCUUCUUCCCCUGUGCCAGCGGCAUCCACUGCAUCAUUGGCCGCUUCCGGUGUAACGGGUUCGAGGACUGUCCCGACGGCAGCGACGAAGAGAACUGCACAGCAAACCCUCUGCUUUGCUCCACCGCCCGCUACCACUGUAAGAACGGGCUCUGCAUCGACAAGAGCUUCAUCUGCGAUGGGCAGAACAACUGCCAGGACAACAGCGACGAGGAAAGCUGCGAGAGCUCUCAAGAGUCUACCUGAAUCUGUGGGGAGUGAACAUUCUGGGAAAGUGAAAAUGAAGACAUUCCAACUUGCCUCGUCUUUGUUCUCAGACCCCUCCGUCCUUCGUGCAGGCCAGCCACGAGGACCUUUGACCCCCAAAACCCGGAGGAAAAUUGCACUCACAGAAAGCCAGCCUGGGUUUCCAGCCAGAGGCUGCGAUAAGGCUGGUGGGAGCUUAUUUUAAGCUUUAAGCGAUGCCAGUGGGGCCAAAUCCGACUUGAAAUAUUUAAUGAGGAGGUACAUGAAUGCAUAUCCCUACAAUCGUUUUUUUCCUUAUAGCCCAUAUUUAGCCUUGCGGCCAAAAAAAAACCAAACAAACAAACAAAUCACC